CCCUAACCAUUGAGCGCAUAAAGAGGGGACUGCGCCUCCCCCUCUUCCUCCUCAAUUCGUAUUAAGGCCUUUAGGGGUGAAGAGAGCAAACAGAGUCAUACUAUCACUAGGAGAGAACAGAGAAGGGCUUGAGAGCAACCUUUUCCCUAUUAAUAUUACCCUAUUUAAUUUCUUUAUCAGUCUUAGAAGCGAUAGGAUUAGAGGAAGCAACAGCGGAGAGACCGACACUCUCCCUCUCUGGGUUUAUUGAGAAGUUCGCCUUCAUAGUCCUCUCGAGUACUUUCCCAAAUUUUCCCAUCAAUAUCUUCUUUACUACCAUGUACUGUGUAUCAAGGAGUCACCAUUUUUUCACUUGUUAUACAGUAAGGAGUUCUUCAAAGCCCUUCAACCUUCAUUUUUUUGUUCCGUACUUUUCAGCAGACGAAAAGAUCCAAUCUGUUUCUCUCUCUUGUUCUUGCUACGGUUCUGCCUACUGAAGCUGCAGCGAUCAUGCAGGAGAUUUGCCAAAAAUGUGGUGACAAGGGUUAUUCUGAUUGUCUAAUUUACUGUUCCCAGUGUAAAGUGACUGUUGAGCACCUCUACUGCUUGGACAAUUUACCCGAUGGUGAUCGAGGUGUCUCUGUCAUUUGGUCAUGUGAGCAAUGUGCACCCAAGGCCUCAUCUGCCUUAAACAGUCUUAGUUCACACCCUGUCAGGAGGAGUAAACGCCUUAGGUUUAGGAAGAGAAAAAAGAGUAGGAAGAGGAAUAAUACAAUCAAUUUCUCAAAAGUGGAGACAGAUGUGCAGAAUUGUGACACUGCUACUGCACUACAAUCUCAUAACCUUUGUUUGAAGGGAGACACACAGAUGAAUGAGGAUAUGCCUGAUCCUGCUGAGGUAACAACUGAUCAUCUUCAAUGUAAGGGAAACUAUCGUCAACACUUAUCUGAGGAUAAUCGUGAAGGAGCUAAGAUGUCGAAAAAACAGAGAAGAAAAUUGAUACUGGAUGACGAGGAGAUUUCAGAAGUGGAUAGUGGAUCUGCUGAAGACGGAAACUCUCUAAUAGCUUCAGAUGUCAGGGAUGCUCCUUUUGGUCUGUCAAGCCAUAAGUCAUCUCAUUUUGCCCUUCCUGCUGAGAUAACAACUUAUCCUCUUCCAUAUAAUGGAAGCUAUCAUCAACACUUUUCUGAUGAUAAUCAUGAAGGAGCUAAUAAGUCGAAAAAACAGAGAAGAAAAUUGAUACUAGAGGACGAGGAGAUUUCAGAAGAGGAUACUGGAUCUGCUGAAGACGGAAACUCUCCAGUAGCUCUAGAUGUCAGGAAUGCUCCUUUUGGUAUUUCAAACCAUAUGCCAGGUCCAGAAAGUGGUUACUAUGGCCCUGCACAGCCGGUCAUUGAUUCUGUCUGGAGGGGAUGCUUUAACAUAUGUAAUGAAAAGUCUCGUAAAGAAGUAGGUGUUGUUGCCCAUUUAUCAAACAAAGCAUGCCUCAAGGUAUUAGAGGGGGCAAAUGCACUGCCAACUUUUAUUGGAGUGAAAAUGCUGCCAAGGCCCGAUGCCUGGCCACCGAGUUUCAGUAGAUCUCCCCCUACUGAUGAAAAUAUUGGUCUUUAUUUCUUCCCUGAAAGCAAAAGUGACAAAGCUUUGUUCGAUGGGAUUCUUUAUGAAAUAAUUGAUCGGGACCUUGCGCUGAAAUGUGUGACUGAUAAUGCAGACCUCCUAAUCUUCUCUUCUCUUCAAUUGCCACCAUUAUACCAAAGAUUUCGUGGGGACUAUUAUCUCUGGGGUGUAUUUAGGAGGAAGCAAGUUUCACAUCCCCCACAACCUGCUGAGCAUCUUUUGAUUAGAGAUAGUGGCAUUGAGUGUGCCAUCACUGCCAUGCCAUCCAUGUCAGCAGAUGAUUUUGGCAGCCAAAAAGGGAGAGGCUCCAUUAAGACCUGGAGCCAGUGGAGUCCUCUUAGCAGCUGUGGUUCUGAUUUACCACAUUCUCCUCUGCAUCAGAAAGCCAUAUCUUCUGGCUUUUCUCUAUUUGAUUGUACUGACAUUGUCGAGAAGUCGGUUGAUAAUGAACAUGACCUGGAGAAGCAGCUUGCAUAUGCAUAUGAAAAAGAAGAAGAGCAGCAUGCAUAUGAAGAAAAGGAAAAGCUGCACGAAUAUGAGAAAGGGGAGGCGAAGAUAAAAGAUUGUGAUGUAGUUUUAUUACACAGUGGAGGGCCAUGGCUAGAUUCCUCGGAAGUGAGCAAGGAAAUUGGAGGACCCUGUUUGGAGUUGUUUCCAUUAGAGAUGGAAGAUAUUGCUGUUGUUUCAAAAGCGGGAAGCAGCAUUGAGGUGGACCUGGAGUUGGCAUUAGGUCGAUCUGGUAGGGAGGAUUCCAAAAGUAGGUCACCUGGGUGUAUGCAGCUUAUUGAUAAAUCUUGCACUCUUGGUCUAAAUAACGGGACAUUCCAAGAGUUUUUGCUAUGACUCUCUCAGGUGUGUAGUAUGCCAUUCCUUGUGCUUUUGGUUGUGACAUAGGACAGCCUUUGGGACAAAUAGAAGCUGUUAUAGUCUUCUUUCCAUGCCAAGAAGAGCUGAUUGACAUGUUAUCUGUUUUGGCCUUGGCUAGCAAAAUGCUGCAAGUUUUAUCAUGAUUGCUCUCAUGGGCCCUUCUUCUUGUUAGGCUCUGGUACCCGUAAACUGUGAGAGUCAUGCUCUGAUGGGUUUUGGUAUGUACAUGGUCGUCAAGAAGAGCUUGUUGAUGAACGCUUUGGUUCUUGAAGAGCAUUGGCUCAGUGUUCGGGUAGUUUCUUGUUUCUGGUUUCUUCUGCAGAUUUUAGAAGGAAAUGAGAUUUUUACCUGAAAAUAGAAGUGACCAAUAGGUUGUAAACUUGUAAGUUACUAAAUUAGUCUUUAGAUGCUAAUUCUUUUUAUCGUCUGAGUGGGAAGUGGGAUGGAGUAGGGGGGAGAGGGAGAUCAAAGUCUCUGAAGACAUUACAAGUGGAAGGGUAGGAGUGAUAAUGGAACUUGUGACUUGCACCAUGAGCUAGAAUCACACCACUGGUGUGCUGGUAUUGCUCUAUUUGCACCAUGAGAAAUCUUUUCUUCCAUGUUGUAUUUUUUGUGAUUUGGACCCAAUUGUGAUACAUGGAAGGAAAUAAGAGAAUUUUUUCCCAACUGUGUCAA